AAAGCCAUGCGCCUGAUGGCUACUUUAGUUAGUCCGUUAGGAAGCAUCAAAAAAGCAAAAUGCAACAGUCCCAAAUUCUGAGAAAUCUGUGUUUUUUUGUGGCCUUUAGCUCUAUGGCUGUGGUGGUCCUUGGAUUGUGCAAUAACUGCCAGGAAAACGGAGUGGCCUGCCUGAAUGAAACACACUACAGGUUCUGCUCCCCCAAUGUGGCUCCCAAUCAGAUUGCCCGGUGUAGCGAUGGUCAGGUCUGCACCAGCCUGGGAAUCAUCUGCAUAGAAAAGGGCGCUUAUGACCCAGCCUGUUCGGACUCCGCUGCCGAUGGAUCCUGUCCCACCUGCGAUGGCUCCAGCAUGUUCGUCUGCACCAGCCGCACCACCUUCCAGAUGUGCGAUGGGUCCACUCUAACCAGCCAGGUCACCAAGUGCAAGGACAACAAGAUCUGCUCCAUUAAAUCUGGCAAAUACUGCGUGGACCUUUGCGAAGCUGGCGUUUCCGUUGAGUGCGACAGAGAAGCUCCGCUUUAGAGUAACGGAAAUGAGUUUUAAACAUUUGUACUAAAUAAAAUAAAAUCAAUACAAUUAAAUACCGGUUUUUA